UCUCUGGAAGAGGAAUAAGAAGCUGCUCUGUCUACGCUCCUGCCACUCAGACACCGAAGUCAGAGAGGACACCAGCAGCAAAAGGUGACCAGGAGGUGAGACAGAGCCACUGACAGGACUCAAGAAAAACCGCUCUUUUUCUUCUUCUUUCCUAGAAAGCCUCCAGGAUGUCUGAGCUGGAGAAGGCCAUGGUGGCCCUCAUUGACAUCUUCCAUCAGUAUUCCGGGCGCGAGGGCGACAAGCACAAGCUGAAGAAAUCAGAACUCAAGGAGCUCAUCAACAAUGAGCUCUCCCACUUCCUGGAGGAAAUCAAAGAACAGGAAGUCGUGGACAAAGUCAUGGAAACACUGGAUGAAGAUGGAGAUGGAGAGUGUGACUUCCAGGAAUUUAUGGCCUUCGUCUCCAUGGUGACUACAGCCUGCCACGAGUUCUUUGAACACGAGUGAGACAGAAAAGGGAGCCACGCCGUUCCUGUGGCAGACAUGAAGGCCACAAGCGGAAGCAGAGCGAAGGCUUGCAGGCUCGAAGGAGCUGAGCUAUCCAGCCACACGUAACUAAUUAGGAAGCUUGAUUUGCUUGGGGAAGGAAAACAGGAAGCCUUCCCAAAGCAGCUUUAAGUUAGCCCAUCACUAUUUCUGCUACGUUAGGCAUUCCUGUGAGCUGUCUGGUCCCAGGAAGGAUUGGUGAAGAAUCACUUAGGGGACGAAAUCAAUGCUCAGCAGUAAAGCAUGUGUUGCAGACCGCCGUGCCCCUGUAGAAGCAGGACCCAGAAGAAUCAAGGCAGGCCACCAACUGCAGGUCUAUAGGACAGCAUUCUUAAUGCUUCCAACAGACCCGAGACUCCACAGCUGGAGCCACUGUCACUGAAAGAGGCUGCUUUUCCUUAACAUCUCCCUUACCCUGUUUGUGCCAACGAUGCCCAAGAAAGCAGACAGUCUGAUCACAACAUCCUCCCCAGCGCAAAUGAGCAGGGCCACUUAAGUCUCUGCUUCCAGUGAGCAGCCAUUGCUAAGUAAAUAUUUAUUGUCAACAGUUCUAUAGGUCUCGCAAACUAAGUAUUAACAUUCUAACUCGGGACUGAGAAUCAAAACUCUAUUCAGUGGACUUCUUUUAGGAUGGCACUGUUGUUCCUGUAGGACAUGUACAGAGGAGACUGGCCACAGUGUAAUGUUGGGGAAUAAUCUUUCUGUACACUGUGAAGACGUGUCACUCUGACUGGUUUAAUAAAAAGCUGAACGGUCAAUAGCUAGGCAGGAUUUUCAGGGCAGAGAGAAUGCUGGGAAGAAGUGGGGGAGUCAGCAGCCAAACGGACAGGAACCAGGAUGCAGAGCACAGAGUAAAGGUAACCUAGCCAUAGAAAAGAAUGUAGAUUAGAAGAGAGGGCUUAAUUUAAGUUAUAAGAACUAGUUACAAAUAAGCCUACGCUACCGGCCAAGCUCUCAUAACUAAUAAUAAGUCUCUGUGUCGUUUUUUUUUGUGAGCCGGUGGCCCAAAGGAAAAAUCUAUCUACAAAGGGUGUGUAACAUGGUGGCUGCAUUUUCUUAUAGACUUUCAUAUAUAAGACCUGAGAAAACUUAAAAAAAAAAAAAAAAAAAAGGUUCCAAACUGAGUCAAACGCCGCUUCCUAGUUCCGAAGUCUCUCGUGUAAGUUGAGGUAGGUAUAUGUUCUUAUUAUAUAUAGUUUUACUGUGUUACAGUUAAAAAAAAAAAAAACAACCCUUUCCUUCUUAUUUAGACAAAAAGGGGAAAAUGUUGUGGAAUAAUCUUUUUGUACACUGUGAAGAUGUGUGACUCUGAUUGGUUUAAUAAAAAGCUAAACAGCCAAUAGCUAGGCAGGAUUUUCAGGGCCAAGAGAAUGCUGGGAAGAAGAAGGGUAGAAUCGCCAGCCAGAAGGAGAGGAAGCAGGAUGGGGGGUACAGAAUAAAGGUAACAAAGCUACAUAAAGAAACACAGAUUAAAAGAUAUGGGUUAAUUUAAGUUAUAAAAACUAGUUAGAAACAAGUCUAUGCUAUUGGCUGACUUUAAUAAUUAAUA